AACCGACGUAACUGCGUCAUUUCCGUUCCCCAGUCUAAACGGUUGCAUUAGCUUAGCGGCGGGUCUUGUCCGGCUGAAUCUGUCGGGUGUUUGGUGAAUAUUUCACACCUUUUCCUCGCUGAUAAAAUUGGCUCGGCUUCGUUUGAAAGGGGCCCUGACGCAGGGCUGAAAGCGACCGGAAGUCGGGUUGAGAUUGUCACUUCGGCUGUGAGCGUCAGGCUAACAGGCUAACACGCGGCUAAAGAAAGGUUUACGGAUUUGCUCCUUCUGCUUGCAUCAGACCAGAAAAAAAACAAGUGAAACCCGAGUCCCCGGCAGGCCUGUCCGCUGUAGCGCCACCGUCCCAUGCCCUCAGGCGGGACUGGGUACAGUUUGCCGGAGGAGCGCACAGACAUCCUGCCGGAGUCCUAUUAAAAACAUGGAGGAUGAGGAGGUCGCUGAGAGCUGGGAAGAGGCAGCGGACAGUGGGGAAAUUGAGAGAAGACUUGAGGCCAAACUAAAGAUAAACCAGGAAGCAAAGAAGAGCAGUUUAAAGUCUGCUAGCUCCCCGGUGCGAACAGCAAUUGUAGUCCAAGAUGACUCUCUGCCUGCGGCUCCUCCGCCUCAAAUUCGAAUUUUAAAGCGUCCUUCCAAUAAUGGUACCACAGGGAACUCUGCGUCCUCGUCUCGUCCCUCACAGCAGAUGAAGUCUUUGGCCCAACGCGAGGCAGAGUAUGCAGAGGCCCGAAGGAGGAUUUUGGGCAGCGCUUCAUCAGAGGAAACGCCUCAGGACAAUCCAAGCCAGGACCGGGCUUCACGUAUGAAUGUGCAGCAACCCUCGGACGCAGUCCGUCCAAACAAUCAGGUGAUCCGCCAGCCCAGCGGUCCCGACGGCACCUCCGGCUUCCGCCUCUGCAGAUAAGCUGAAGCCGCCCUACUGCAAGGAAAACCGCCGCUUUCUCCGGAGCGAGGCAGAGUAGGGGGAGAAAUUAAAGGGGUGUUUUUUGCGUGGGGGGUUUUUAAAGAGCAGAGUGGCGGGAGGACACCAAAUUUGACUAAAACAGGGAGUCAGAUCUACUUGUCUACCACCUCUCUGCUCCGCACGCUCUGAUUUGACCUUUGCCUUUUGCCUUGUCUUUUUUCCCCUCUGUUGAACCUUCCGAGGUGGCCGGCAGAGGUCGAGGAUUUAAAAGCCCUCCGGUUCCACAUUGGGAACAGGCUUUAACCGCGUACCCCCACCCCCACCCCCCCAACACACUGUGAUACUCCGAUGCGCUCUCCGCAUUUAAAAUCCGCGAAGUGCUCGUCACUUCAGGGAGAAAUGAGGAGGACUUGCUUAUCUGGGGGCGGGGGAGACCUGCGAGGCGUGCAAGCAGAGCCCGUUUCUCCCUGGCGUAGCGUGGGGACGUUGCCGGGUGUCCAGCGAGAGGACUUUAGCGCGUCGAGAGGAAAUGUGCAGAGCGCAGUGCCAAGAACGGAGAGUUUAGCCGAUUGAGGGAAAGACGGCUGAACGUGGGACCUACUCAGUGAAAGUGCACAGUGCCGAAUAAUGUGUCUUAGCGCUGCAGACGGCGGCCCCGAGCAGAACGUCGCACAGUCCAUGGGACGCUACUGUAGGAAGGCUGGCACGCAACCUCUGGCCAAAAAAAAAAAAAAAAACACCCUCACGAUCUGAACGACGGAGUCGCUUAAAUCUGUUUCUACAAGCAAUAACGACAAAAAUCACUUCCUGGAUUAUUUUUCUGUGCGUGUGUGUUUUGGUUUAAAAAAAUGUUAACAUUGUUUCUCCCAUGUUUUUUUUUUUCUCUUUUCUUUCUUUCUGUGACAUUCUAUUUUUUAAUUAGAAGAUUUGUAGGCUGUUUAGAUAAUAGGUCGCAAUAGAAACGUUUAUUCGUAAUGUUGGUUUUGAUCAAGUCUGCAGAAAUUGUGAAUUAGGAUUUCCAAAGUUUCCCCCGGUUCAUUGUCCCCCCUGUGUGUGCCGCAUCAGCAGAAAGAGCGCUGGAGCUGAAGCUCACUGCUUGAUUGUGGAAAUGAUCCAAAAGGUGUCAGCAUCAAGCCCAAAAGGAUGCCAGGCUUCAGUUUGGCAAGGAAAUAUCAGAGAACGUACCUUUUUUUUUUUUUUUUUUAUCAGCACUCUGUGGGACGAAGCCAGAUUUAUCUUCCUGGUUUUGACGAAUGUCUUCCUGCCGUGUUUCUUUUUAACACAACAGGGUUUUAUCACAUUGUCCGCUCAUUUUUCCACAGACUGAAAAUAAGGGGUUUACAAACUACAAAAUCAAUUAUAUCAUCGGUUACAAGUACUGACGGCUGGUAUCAGAGUAUUAAACUUAAGUAGGUCUGAACAACUGACCGAAGUAACUUUCUGUAUUGUUCUCAAUGAGUACUACAAAGAUAUGUUAUGACGCAAAUAAUAAUAAAAUAUGUGUUUGGAGAUCCUAAUCUCUCAUUUCAUAAGUAAAUUGGCCCAAAUAGUGAUAAAAAACCUUAAUUGUAAUAAUAAGUUAUAAUAAUAAACCAUCACAGUGUUCAGAAAAUAUUUAGAAUAUUAAAUUAUAUGUGAGAUUUGAGCAUUUUUUUUUGUCUAUUUCAUUCAUGGAAACACUGAUGUGUAAUGUUUUGAGUACAAGCUCACGAAAUGGAAGUAGGAAUGGACCUGGAGGCUUUGAACCUUUUGGGACUUUAUGCCUUAAAUUAACCCCCGCCUGCCAACAAACACUUACUGCUGGUUAUUUUUGGCUUACCUUUGAAGCUGUUUUAGUGCUUAGAGUUUUUUUUUUCUGUCAGCUGCACUCUGCAGGGUUUUUUGUUGUUGUUGUUUUUUUUUGUUGUUGUAGGAAACUCAUGGCUGCACCAAGUCGUGUUUUAUGUUUCUCUUGCCGUACCGCUACAUGACUCUGCUUUGAGUUUAUCCGAACAGUUUUCAAUGUAUCGAUGUGAAGCCCCUUUCUGGGACUUGUUUGCGGUGUGAGAUCAGCCGUGCAGCCGGCCUAGUGUCUGAAACUUCUGCAUCUUAGACUUCAGGUGUCACUAAAGCCUCAGUAUUUUUAGCUGCACAUUUACUCUGUUAAAGGCAACGUGGAUUUGGACCCAUCGUCUGAAGCUCGGCAUCGGGUCGUACUCUGUGACAAAGGUGUAUGUUCAGUCUGGCUUUGAGACGGAAAGGAUUCAGUGAGGAAUUCAAGCCGAUACGGCGUCUGUGCAAUUAACUCAUGAUGCUUUAUGGCAGACCUUCACAGCCAGUUGUCUAGUUUGAUGCCCAUUUUGAUGUCAUUGUUUUAAAACUUGAAGAAUCCAAAUGAAAUUCGAAUACCCUUUAAUAAACGUUUAAAGACACUG